AAAAGUGACUGGCGAAGCAAAUAAUUUCCCCGCGCAGCCCGAAGUUUUGAUGCAGACCAGAUUUUUGGGCCAACAGCAACUCUUUCUACACACACCUCAUUCACCAACAAUCCAAACAUCUCUCCAUCCAUCCACAAGCGAAACCCUCUCGCCCUGCAUUAAAUGCUCGACCGCGCAUCAGAUUCGUAUCCUCGCAUCCUCUGUCGCUCUGCGGCACAACGGAAGAGAAAAUUUAGUGCCAUGAGGUCAACAUGGCUUCUUCCUCGACUGUAUCAACAAUGAACAAGACAAGUACUGGGACGGACCCGAAAGCGUCUUCUUCAAAGCCACAGCAGAAACGACCUCGUAGGCCCAAUUACAACUAUAUACAUCGAAAUCUCCUGCCCAUCGAAGUCCACCCUCUUCCUGUUCUCAUUCCACACAACCCGCUAUCCCUCGUCGCCAUUGCCUUGUCGUAUCUCACACAAAUCCUGGCCCCUCCACGAAGACCGACGUAUAAAGGAUAUUUCUCCUCGGCGACUUCUUCCAUCCAUGUUACAGAUGCCGGGACCAUCAGGAAGCUAUGGGAGAUGGGCUUUUUUGGUCGAGGAAGCUUGAGCCGAAGUGAACCAACGUGGAUGGACAAUCGCAAGAAGCAAGGUGUCACGGCGGAAGAAAAUACAGCUCAACGUCGACAGCAGAGAAGACAGUUGAAGCAGGAACGUGCCCGGAAGGAGCAAGAAGAGAUAGAGCAAAAACUGGCCGAAGAAUCACGGACAAAGGACAAGGUUGGUGAAGUUCUCUCAGAAAAUGUCCUCAAGACGAAUGCUCGGGAUUUGAACGAUAUUGGGAGUGUGUUGGACUCUGCCAACGGCACUCCAACGCUUGAAAACCAAGAAGAUAAAGAGAACAACAGUUCAAUACAUGGGUUUCACGAAUGGAAAAACGCGAUAGAGGCGAAUGGCAUUCCGACACCUCCUCCGACUUCAACGUCGUCAGAGGCCAGCCACACUGACGGUCGACCGGUCAAACGACUACAACGGACCAAGACGGUCCGCUUCUCACCCACCAUCGAGGCCAGGGAAUUUGACUUGAGUUCGCCUGUGAUUUCACCGAUUAAGAAUCCUGGGACCACGGCAAUGGAGGAAACCCAACCCGAGGCAGAGGCCGCCCAGGAGAACCAAGAACAUCUGAAUCUGUCUCUCGAAGAGGCAUUUUUCUUGUCUUAUGGCUUGGGGGUGCUUGACAUCUAUUGCGACGACAGCGACGCCGUAUUGCCUCCGUCUUCCCAGUUAUCCCUCUUCCGCCGCCAUUCCUACUCUCCCCCACGAAGUCUUUCCGUCCCAGCCGGACCCGACGACCCCUUCAUGUUGUCAUACGCUGUGUACCACCAUUAUCGAUCCCUGGGCUGGGUGGUCCGGUCGGGGGUCAAGUUUUCCACGGAUUAUUUAUUGUACAAUCGAGGUCCUGCCUUUUCACACGCCGAGUUCGCCGUCGUGAUUGUUCCAUCAUACACCCACCCGCACUGGACGGAUUCACCCGAGUCUACAAAGUCGAUCGAGCAAAAGACCAAAAAGUCUUGGUGGUGGUUGCACGGCGUCAAUAGGGUUCAGGCGAAUGUACACAAACAAUUGGUUUUAUGUUAUGUCGAUGUCCCACCUCCUUUUGUGGUCGGAGGUGAUGACAAGUCUUCCCGGGACAUCGACAUCGGGUUACUUCUUUCACGGUACAAAAUUCGGGAUGUCAAUGUACGGCGUUGGACUCCGAAUCGGAGUAGGGAUUGAGGAUUAUAAUGAUUUUGAUGAUGAAAGAAUGAAAAUGAUGAGAUGAUGAUGAUGAGACUUCAAUUUCCUUCCCAAUGUGGAGUAAAUUUCACAUCAAAAUGAAAAAUGUUGUAUCCGGUACGACGAUGAGGGCCAAAAAAGACAGUUGUUGAUCUUCGAGACCAAUUCAUGAGUAUCUACGGUUUCAAUGGACACUCAUCUUAGUUGGGAUAUUGAGAAUGUAGGUUGUGUACUGUACUGCACUGUAGAUGACAGUGUGAGGGUGUACUUGCGGCACAGACAAAAGAUGGUCCCGGUUUGAAAACAGGAUAUUGUUAUGGUUCCUGUCAAGUCUGAGUCUGUGAGCCUUGAGUCUUGGAUCUAAAUCACGAUGGCCCGCAUAUGCUCUCAUGAAUAAACCGUAACGUACGAAGAGGUUAGCCAUACGAAGAAGUACCA